CGAAAAUACAAUCUUCAUUACAUCAUGUAGUUCUGAUUUUAAGAUGGUUCAUGAGCUAUAUAAGGCUUAUAUCAUGAAAGUUUCUCUCUGCAAAUCAAAUCCUAGGGAGUGGAAUAUGGAGAAGCUAAGGAUCCAGAUCUUACCUUCUGUCUUCCUCCUUGUUUUUAUCUUGCAUUCAGGCCCAACCACAUCUCAGGAAGUUGAGGACGAGCAGGAAUUUGAUUAUGUUGAAGGGAGUGGUAAAGGACCAGAACAAUGGGGAGAAAUUCAUCCUGAAUGGGCCUUGUGCAAGAAUGGAGAAAUGCAGUCUCCAAUUGAUCUCUUGAAUAAGAGGGUGCAGAUAGUGUCACAUUUGGGGAGACUUAAGAGGAAUUAUAGGCCUUCCAAUGCAACCAUUAAGAAUAGAGGCCAUGACAUAAUGUUGAAGUGGGUGGAUGGCGCAGGAUGGAUUGAAAUCAACGGUACUCAAUAUGUGCUCCAACAGUGCCACUGGCACUCACCAUCUGAGCACACCAUUAAUGGAAAGAGGUUCGACCUAGAAGUGCACAUGGUUCACCAAAGCAUCUCCGACAACAAGACUUCUGUGGUUGGAAUUAUGUACAAAAUCGGACGACCUGAUACGUUUCUAUCUAAGAUAAUGGGAUACAUAAAUAGCAUAGCUGAAACAAAAGAAAAGGAGACAGUUGUGGGUGUGGUUGACCCAAAGAAUAUAAAGCUAGGUAGUAGGAAGUAUUACAGAUACAUGGGCUCCCUCACAGUUCCUCCUUGCACUCAAGACGUGGUUUGGACCAUUGUGAGAAAGGUUAGGACGGUUUCAAGAGAACAAGUGCGGUUGCUGCGAGAGGCUGUUGAUGAUGAUGCAGAAAAUAAUGCCAGACCAGUGCAACCAAUUAAUGGGCGUUCAAUUCACCUCUAUAGACCAAGGCUUCGCCUAGACAAUUAAUUAAUUUGCUUGUA